AUGUCUAAAGUCCAAAUGCUGAGACGACUAGUCAACCAGCGACUCACUGCGGCUGCGCAGGAGAUCUGCGGGCUGUUUGAAGCAACGCUCGCAGAGUCCGAGGAGGAACUGUGUCGUUCACAGGAGGAGAACGAGCGGCACCGGAAGCUGCUGCACGCCGUGUUCCACCCGGAAGUCCGGGUCCAACGAGCAGACGUCCAGCAGCUGAUGGUCCAACAAGAGGUUCCCCCUGAGCAGCAGGUCUGGAGCUCCAGUCUGGACCCAGAGCCCCCCCAUAUUAAAGAGGACCAGGAGGACCCAGAGCCCCCCCAUAUUAAAGACCAGGAGGACCCAGAGCCCCCCCACAUCAAAGAGGACCAGGAGGACCCAGAGCCCCCCCACAUCAAAGAGGACCAGGAGGACCCAGAGCCCCCCCACAUCAAAGAGGACCAGGAAGAACUCAGUCACGAGGGAGAGCAGCUUCAAGGUCUGGAGGCGUCUGGUCUCACGUUCUCAUUAACUUUGGAGAGUGAAGAUGAUGAAGAGGAAGCUCAGUCCUCUCAGCUUCAUCAAAGUCAAACUGAACAUAUGGAAACAGAAGCUGAUGGAGAGGAUUGUGGAGGACCAGAACCAGACAGGAACUCUGAUCCAGAUCCUGAUGGGGAGACUGGAGACUCUUCUGAACCCGAUCCUGAUGACUCUGAGAUUCUCUCGUCUCCUUCCAAUCAACAGUCAGGUUCAAACUCUCUGAAUAAUGACGACGUUUCUGUGAGUGAUUCAAAAUCAAGGUCUGGUAGGAAACCAGUAAGCUGCUCUGAUUGUGGGAAAAUAUUUUACGGUAAGGGAGAUUUGAAGAAACACAUUUUAACUCACACAGGAGAGAAACCCUUCAGCUGCACGGUUUGUGAUCAAACCUUUAACCGCAAGUCAAGUGUGACGAGACACAUGGUGGGUCACGCGGGAGAGAAACCCUUCAGCUGCUCAGUUUGUGGCAAAAGCGUGAAGCAAAAGUCGGAUCUGAAGAGACACAUGAUGAUUCAUACGGGAGAAACACCCUUCAGCUGCUCGGUCUGCAAAACUUCUUUUAUACGGAAGGGAACUUUAAAGGAUCACAUGUUCAUUCACACAGGAGAUAAACCGUUCAGCUGCUCCGUCUGUAAAACAUAUUUUGCCGUGAGCGCCGAUUUCAAGAGACACAUGUUAAUUCACACAGAAGAGAAACCGUUCAGCUGCGCCAUCUGUAAGAAAACGUUUGUACUGAAACGAUACCUCGGCAAACACAUGUUGACUCACUCAGGAGAGAAACUCUUCAGCUGCUCCACCUGUAAAAGAUCGUUUGCACGGAGGGGAGAUUUAAAGGUUCACAUGAGAUGUCACACAGGAGAGAAACCCUACAGCUGUCCAGUUUGCAAACAAUCUUUUAGACAGAGGGGAUCUUUAACGGGACACAUAAGACGUCACACAGAAGAGAACUCCCUUUAGUAGUUCUGGUUUUGGAAAAGUUGACUAACUCCAUUCCCCCCUCGCUUGGGGGAGUGACUCAAUUCCAACUCGGAGGAUUCUAUCCACCGAUCUGUCAGAACCACGGAGGUCCUGACUCCCCCUGACAGCGGGGUCACGGUCCCCCAUCCUCAGCAGGAGAAACUCAGAGAAACCAGAAACCACUACGACGUCAUCUCCAGGAGGAGAAUAUCGUCUGAUUUGUUUAACUUUAACUGCCUGUGGACUUGUGAUUGCCAUGUGAUAUCAUGUCUCUUUUGUUCAAAUGUUACCGUACUUGUUUUCCCAGGAGAGGUUGUCCGUCUCUGGCGUCCAGACAAGACAAGGAUACACCGUGUUUUGGUGAAUGGGGGAAAUGGUUGGUGUCUUUUGUAGGAUCUACGUUUUUGAGUCAGUUGAAUGCUUUCAAUCUCUCUCUCUCCCUUUGUUCUGACUCAAAUUUCCACUUAUUCAAUGUCUGCCUCAUAUCACAUUAUUCUUCAGCUUUUUCUUUGAUAAGGGUUAAUAUGUGUGUAUAUGUAUGUAUUAGGGCUGUCAAUCGAUUAAAAAAAUUUAACUAAUUAAUCGCACAUUUUGAAAAUCAUUAAUCGCGAUUAAAAGGUUUUUUUUCUUCUAAAGACUAAAUCUUCUAAAUGAACGAGUAAUCCCUUUGUAUUCUUUUUUAAAGACCAAACUUCACACAGAGCUGUGUUUUCAAAGAGGCUCCUACCUAUAAAGUGCCAGCGAGGUAUUUAAUAUCGUGGAUGAUAAAUUGUUUCUUCAGUGAAACAUCCAGAUUAGUAAAAAAAAAAAAGUAUAUUGAGACCCCAUUGGUCCUGUCAUCUUUAACACUGAACAGCAGAACCAGUGGCCCAGGUAACUGACUGACAUUCACAUAUGUCACGUUAACCCUCUGGAGGCUGGGGGCAUUUUAUACAUUUUACAAAAAAAUGUUAAUUCACCUUUUAAAGACUUUUGCAUAUUACACAUCCCCAUGUGUUAUACAUCAAACAUUCCAGAACAAUCUCAGCUCUAUAUAUUGAGGCACAUUGUCCUCGCGCCGUGUUCUCUGCUCUCUGACUGACAGGCUGCUAAUGAGCCUUACAUGUUUGGUGGGAGGUCCUUGUGAUUUACUGAGUGUAAAUGGGUUGUUUUUUCGCUAAAUUUUGACAGACAAACGGAUUGACCAAUCACGUUGAAGGUUUCGUGUGACGAGUUCUUUCCGCGCCGCGUCACCCAAUCCGUCGCCCCUCUGUUCCUCUGUGUAUCAGAGGGGGAGACGGGAGGAAGGAGCGGAGGAGGAAACCUGACUGAUUUCGCGGAGGAAUAAUUGUUUUAAAAACGGAAACAGUGUCA